AUGAGCAAUCUGAUAUCAUCUCAACCUCGCUCGUCGCAUACUUCAUGCUUCAUCCCAAGAACACCGUCCUCUUACACUCAUACUUUCAUCAGGCACGAUGACAUUCGUCGACCACUCGAACCUACCUAUGAUGGACCUUUAAAAAUACUCAGACGAGCAGAAAAUGUUUCAGUCGUGGAACGAAAUGGAAAAGGAGAUGCCGUAUUUAUUGACCGCAUGAAACCAGCAACCCUCGACGCGGAGACGCCGCCAAGCACCAAGCCCGUGGCGCAGCCAACUCCCAUCCCUUUUCACAAUGGAGAAACGAUUUCCACCACACGCUAUGGCAUCAUUGGCCUGAUCGUUAUACUGUCUGACCCCCACCCCACACUUGUUCUUAUAUCCCAACCACUGUCUGUAUCAAACACGAUCCACCUCGGGUUUUUUGAAUCUCGCCUGGUUUACCGCAUUUUGGUUUCAAUUUCGCGUAAUUCGCUUCGGGUCUCGACUCUCAAGCCCUCGCUUCCAGGUUCCUAA